UUCAUCGGCAAGAAAAACAGGGAAAUCGUCCUCUUCCUUAUAAGGCGCUAAACAAACAACUAACAACAACAGCAGCAAUAAACAACAAAAGACACCCCACACUCUCCCAACCUCCAGGUUUCACCUGACGCCAGACGGUGAUCUUCUGGAUGAUAAUUUCUCAUCCUGCCAUGAGCGACCAUGAGCUGCUCUGUGGAUCCCCGCUGCACACGGUGCCUACUCUGGAUUUCGAUCGGCUUAUGGUGGUUUCGGCGCUAGGGCGUGGCGCCAAGGGCGUGGUGUUUUUGGUCAGAGAGGAGGAGGAGGAGGAGGAAUCUGCAGGGGAGCUGCUCGCUUUGAAGGUUAUACUCAGAGAUUCCAUCGAGAAGAAGAAGCACCACGAUGGAAAAGAUGGAAAUGAGUACAAGAGGGUUAUUUUCGAGCAGCAGGUCUUGAAGCGUUUCGAUCACGCGUUAUUACCGCGACUUAGAGGAGUCUUGGCUACUGAAAAGGUUGUGGGAUAUGCCAUUGAUUAUUGCCCAGGGCGUGACCUUAAUUUUCUCAGGAAAAAGCAGACCGAGAAAAUGUUUUCUGAUGAUAUUAUUAGGUUUUAUGCGGCUGAAUUAGUUCUCGCAAUGGAGUACUUGCACAAUCAAGGGAUCGUGUACAGAGAUUUAAAGCCCGAAAACAUAAUGAUUCAAGAGAAUGGCCAUAUAAUGCUCGUCGAUUUCGACCUCUCCACAAAGCUCUCUCCUAGAUCUGCCCAAUCAUCGCCAUCUCCCAUUUCGAUCCAGAAAAGUGAAUCAGUGAGGAAGAAACGGUUCUCGCUAUUCCAAAGGUGGUGCAACUCCGGAAUCUUGCCGGACGACUCUGCCCCUCAUCCUGAAUCGUCAUCCGAGACAGAGACGGACUCAUCGGAGAAAUCCAACUCGUUCGUCGGAACGGAGGAGUACGUGGCACCGGAAAUCAUAUCCGGCGACGGCCACGAUUUCGAAGUGGACUGGUGGUCCCUAGGGGUGGUUCUAUACGAGAUGCUGUACGGGAGGACACCGUUCAAGGGUCCGACCAGGAAGGAAACGUUCUACCGGAUCCUGAUGAAGACGCCGGACCUAGUGGGUGAAAAGACGGCGUUGAGGGACUUGAUCGGAAAGCUCUUGGAAAAGAACCCAAAGCAGAGGAUCACAGUGGAGGGAAUCAAGAGCCAUAGUUUCUUCAGCGGGGUUGAUUGGGAGAUGGUGUUGCAGUUAUCUAGGACACCAUAUAUUCCUUGCCAGGAGGGUUUGAAUGGAAGUGAGAAGGAAGGAAUUAAAAGAGAUGAUGUAGAAAUGUUCGUGGAAAAAAUAUUUGGGAGUGAAGACGGUAAAGUCGAGGGGGUUGAUGACAAUGGGAACUGGGUAAAAGGAGUUAACAAUGAAUCAUGUGAAGUUAGUAAUUUUUUGGUUUUUUAAAAAUUUAAAUUUAUAAAAUAUAUAUAUAUAUAUAUAUUUGUAUAUAGGUAAAUAAAAUUACCUUGUUUUUUAACUGAGGUAAAUAAAAUACGUAAAAUGAGCUGGUCGAA